AUGUCCCAUAUUGAUAUACGUGCAAUGAAGGGAGUAAUGACAAACGUCGAUGAGAUUAUAAGGAAUGAUGAAGAUGUGGCUUUUGAGUACGAAAUACAAAAGACACCGCAGAAUAUCCUAACAUGGAAAAGAUAUCUCGAAUAUUGGAAAGAGGAGGGAAGGACUGACCAACAGAUUAGGUGGUUGUAUGAAAGAUUUUGUUCGCAAUUUGUAACAGAUACAAGUAUAUGGGAAGAUUACAUACAGUGGGAAUCAACAAGGGAAGUAGUCGAAACUUCACGUAUUUUCUGGCUUUUUCAAAGGUGCCUCAAGAGCUGUGUAGAAGAUUGUGAUAGGAUAUGUUCGUCCUAUUUAGAAUUGGCCAUUGAACAACAUGACUUGUCGAUGAUAAGGCAUGCUUUAGAUUUAUCUUUGACAAGAGUAGAGAGAGAAAUGCAUCCGAAAAUUUGGGAUCCUGUCUUAAAAUUUAUGGAAAAGAAAGUUUUACCUUUAACGCAAUUGGAUUCAACUCAAGAAGAUGAAGAAGAAAGUACUGAUGAAGCUGAAUUGAUAAAUAUACUUUUAGUAAAGGGCCUCGCGAAGAUAGGCCUCAUUAACGAGGAACUCAGUAGAAGCGAAAGCAGAGGUGACAUUUGGUCGUCACAGCUUUUAGAAAGAUACCUAAAAGUGGCCCCUCAGCAAAAACAAAAUGAACUGCUCGCAACUCUUGCGAAAACUAGAGACAAUGUUACCAUCAUGUCAGUCUACCAAAGAUAUAUGUCACAAGACGGAAGCAGUGAAAGGUAUCUGCCUAGUUCAAAACUAACAUUUGAAUUAAAUCUCAAUUAUUUGAUUAGCCUGGACAAACUAGGUCUAGACGAUCAAUAUGAGGAAUUCAUGAGUCAAAUGAAUGGCAUAUAUGCCGAUAACUGGGUCUACUUAACCCUAUCACUUGCCAAAUAUUAUAUCUCUCGCGGAAGGCUCGAUAGUUGCGGUGAUUUGCUGAAGAAAAGCUUGCAGCAAACACUUAGUUACAGUGAUUUUGAUCGUAUUUAUAAUUUCUAUUUGCUCUUUGAGCAACAGUGCUCUCAGUUUAUUCUAGAAGAACUAAAAGAAAAUAACAGCAAAUCCUUUAAGCAAGAACAUUGGGCUGAAAAACUACAAGGCCAUAUGGCGACAUUUGAAUCCUUAAUUAACUUACAUGAUAUCUAUUUGAAUGAUGUCUCACUAAGGCAAGACCCCAACUUGGUGGAAACGUGGAUGAAGAGGGUGUCUCUACAGAAAACAUCUGCGGAAAAGUGUAACAUAUAUUCAGAAGCUAUACUGAAAAUUGAUCCCCGAAAAGUUAGUACGCCUGGCUCUUUCGGUAAACUCUGGUGUGCAUAUGGAGAUGUGUAUUGGAGAGCAAAUGCAACUAGCACAGCGAGGGAGUUAUGGACACAGUCUUUGAAGGUACCGUAUCCUUAUAUAGAAGAUUUGGAAGAGAUUUACCUAAACUGGGCCGACAGAGAAUUAGAUGAAGAAGGGAUCGAAAGAGCAGUUUCCGUCCUUGAAGAUGCAUUACAUAUACCGAAAAAUACAGGUAUUUUGCUUGAGAAAUACAAUAACGGGCAUAGGAAAGUGCCUGCUCAAACCAUCCUAUUUAACUCACUACGUAUUUGGUCCAAAUACAUUGAUUUUCUGGAGGCCUACUGCCCAAAUGAUGCAAACUCCUCUAAUAGAAUAUUCAAUAAAACGAAAAUGGCAUACAAUAGUGUUAUUGAUUUGAAGUUGAUUACUCCAGCGAUGGCAGAAAAUUUUGCGUUGCUCUUACAGAAUCAUCACGAAGUCGUAGAAAGUUUCCAGGUGUAUGAGAAAACGAUCCCUCUGUUCCCCCCAGAAAUUCAAUACGAAUUAUGGAUUGAGUAUUUAGAAGUAGCGACAUCGCACCGGUUGUCAUCAUUGAGUCCCGAACACAUUAGAUUCUUGUUUGAGAAAGCCCUUGGGAACCUAUGUUCAAAUGGCAUAGACUGUAAGACGAUUUUUAUUGCUUAUAGCGUAUUUGAGCAAAGGAUAAGUGGUCUGGUUAGGAGGUGCAUUGAGAUCUUACAUAAAGGUGCUAUACAAGAUGCUGUUAGUGUGAGCACGCACCUCGAAAGCAGAUUGCAACUGUGGAGAAUGUGUAUUUCCAAGGCCGAAUCCACUCUGGGUCCAUCAGUAGCCAGGGAACUAUACCAAGAGUGUAUCCAAAUGUUGCCAAAUCCUAAAGCUGUUGAGUUUGUGAUUAAAUUUUCAAAUUUCGAAAGCUCUAUAGGAGAAACUAUUCGAGCACGUGAAAUCCUUGCCUAUGGUGCGAAGCUUCUUCCUCCAUCCAGAAAUGCUGAAUUAUGGGAUAGCUUUGAAAAUUUCGAGUUAAAACACGGCGAUAAGGAAACCUACAAAGACAUGUUAAAGAUGAAGAAGCUAUUGGAUUCCGACAUGGUAAUUGAUUCCGAGGGCGUUAGCCAGGAGGAAGGAAACAUUAACUUCGUGGCAGCAGCAGCCUCGCAUGCUCCCCACUCGCACGCUGUUAUCCAACCAACCUCUUCGCGUUCAAUCAAUCCAGAUGAAAUAGAACUAGAUAUAUGA